CCCAAACGAAAAAUCCUUUGGACUGCCUUCUUUCGGCAAAGAAAAGGGAGAAUAUUACGUUGAAGGAGGAAUCAGUUCGUCCUACAAAGGCAGUUGGCCAUGACCUCCAUUUCCCGCCCCAUUAAUCUCACUUCCUCCAACCUUUCCUCUUUCCUCCCCAUCAUUUCCUCAAAACCCACCAGCCCACGAACCCACAUCCAGUGCAAGAAUGAUGAGAAGAGUAAUUUGGACCAAAGGAAGCCCAAACAACCCAUGAAUAAUCCCUCCAGGCAUACAAGAAAAAAGCAUUCCUAUGGAACCUCCAGGAGGUCUGUUAUCAAGAAAAGCUUUACACAGGAGCAGGUCGAGUUCACGGCUCCGUUUCCCAGUGACCCGGUUGUUGGGAUUAUUGGAGGUGGGAUGUCUGGUCUUAUGUGUGCUCUUUAUUUGGAGAAGAGGGGCAUUAAGUCCACUGUGUUUGACACGGGAAUUCACGGAUUAGGAGGAAGAAUGGGAACUAGAAUAAUUGAUCCUCAGCCCUUAAUAUUUGACCAUGCUGCCCAGUUCUUCACAGUUACUGACCCUAAUUUGGCUGAGCUGGUUGACCUCUGGUCCAAGAAGGGUCUUGUUCGUCAGUGGCAUGGUGAAAUUGGAGAGCUUGAAGCUGGUGGGCAUUUUGUUCCAUUUCCUCCUUCACCUCCAAGAUAUAUUGGUGUUAAUGGAAUGCGUCCUCUUGCUGAAUCCAUACUGUCUGAGACUUCUAUGGUGAAUGUGGUGCGCCCUUGCUGGAUUAGUAAAUUGGAGCCAUAUAAUGGGAAGUGGUACUUGAGUGAGAAGGGGAAGCCCUGUGGACAUUUUGAUGCAAUUGUUAUUGCCCAUAAUGGAAAAUGUGCAAAUCGAUUGCUUGCAUCAUCAGGGUUACCACUAAUUGCUAGACAAAUGAAGAGGCUUCACUUGAGUUCUAUAUGGGCUCUUCUGGCAGCAUUUGAGGAUCCUCUUCCCAUGACAUCCAUAGAGUCUGCAAUCCCUUUUGAAGGAGCAUUUGUUAAAGGAGUUGAUUCUCUCUCAUGGAUGGCAAAUAAUACGGCGAAACUUUCUGGUUUGCAAAGCAACGGUCCUCAGUGUUGGACCUUUUUCAGCACAGCAGCUUUUGGGAAGCAGAAUAAAGUCCCUCAGGAAAGUGUUCCUUCUAUUACAGCAGAAAAGGUGAAGGAAGCCAUGCUUGAAGGUGUUGAGAUUGCUUUAGGACUGCGAAAGGACUCACUUAAAAGACCAUUCUACAGUCGAUUACAGUUAUGGGGUGCAGCUCUUCCCACUAAUUCACCUGGCAUUCCCUGCAUAUUCGAUUCUCGUGGAAGAGCUGGCAUAUGUGGUGAUUGGCUGUUGGGAUCGAGCUUAGAAGCUGCAGCCUUAAGUGGCAUGGCUCUCGCUAAUCAUAUAGCUGAUUACCUCCAAAGUGGUGGAACAUGCCCAGAUGAGUUUGCUGUUGGUUUGCACAAUGAAUUUCAACCACUUAAGGGACAUGAUAUUGGACAGUUUCCUGGAUUGGAUUCUGAAGGACAGAUAAACAAGGCUUAUGAUAUACAGCUUACCAUGUGAAUCUGCAUCCAGCUAUAAACAACUUUUGCAACUGCUCACACAAUUAGUUUGUGCAAGAUAGUCCAAGGAUGCUUCAUGUUAAAAAUGUGAAAUGAGACAACAGUGUUAAAGGUGUUCCCACCGUCGCUUCAGUUUCAUCAGAAAAAACAUUUAAGCAAAUAUAUUUAUGCUGAUAUGGUUUUCUUCCUCGUGGACUUCUGUUAAGGCAAAACAGAACAUUCGAUCUAUGAGCGUGCUGCCUUCUGAGUUCCAUGUUAAACUAUUUCCAAGUUGCUAAAAGCGUUUAUUACUUACACCUGUGAGCCCAUUCUGAGGAGAGCUAGUAAGUCAAUUUUAUUAGUGCCUUGAUGGUACUUCACCUCGGCAUGAAAAAGACAUUAGUAUUAGAUUUGAAUGACUAUUGAUCUCUUAUUUGCUCCCAAUGAUGUAAGGCAAAUGUUGUGGAGAGAUUUACGCCCUGUACGAAUAGCUCUUUAUAUAUGUAGUGUCUCUUGCUUAAUGA